AUGUCAUCGCCAAAAGCUCCUCAAGGAAACUUCACGCUCCUCUAUUUCGCCGCCGCGACAUCUUACACCCGCAAAGAGCAUGACUUUUUCCCAGCUCCUAUGCUAGUUUCYCAGCUUUACGCGGCUGUGGAAGCGAUGUACCCGGGCAUCAGGCAAAAGGUCUUGGAGAGCAGUGCAUUGACUGUCAACCUCGAGUACGUCGACGUCCAAGAGGAGACAGCAAAGAGCGAUGCGGGCAUGAGGAUCCAAGCGGGCGAUGAAGUGGCCAUCAUACCGCCCGUGAGCUCUGGUUGA